AUGUUUUGCGGCGGUCCAGGAGCUGCUGGUUUGGUUCACUUCCGAUCACUCUCCGAUUUGAUCAUCAUGCUGUAUCCCAUGGCUCCUAUCUUGGCUUGCAAAUUGUGGUCACGUUUACAACUUGUCUGCCAAAUGCAGGCAGCUGGUCCAGCGCUAGAAGCACCUUCUGUUUUGGCCGAUAGUUCUUCCACAAUUGCGUCAUCUUCCGAUUAUUGGCCUUACGACUUGGUCUUUUUCACAUCUGCACUGACUUACUACCUUGUGUUCACCGUGUUUUAA